AAUUUAUCUACUUGUUAUCUUUUUCAUAAUUUUAGGAUGAGUCAUUAGUUUAAUUAAUAUUAUUAUUUAAAUAUUUAUAAUAUUAUUAUGAUAUUAAGAUAAUUAAUAAACAUGCAUUAACAUAUUCUAUUGUUAUAUAUAUUAUUAUUUAAAAAAUGUGCCAAUAUAUAAAUAUCAUGAUAUUUAAGAUUUUUAAUUAAUAAAUUGAUAUUAAUCAUUGAUAUUAACAAUAUCUACCGAUAAUAUCAUCAUUACUUUUAUCUUAUAUUUAGUUGAUGAUUUUAAUGACUAAAUAUUAUAUCCAAUUUUUCUGAUUUUAUUUAGAAAUAUUGAUCAAAUACAUAUUAUUAGAAAUAUAUAUAUAAGUAUACUAAUAUAUCUGAAUAAAUCGGUUUUUUUGGUUUAUUCGACUUGAUCUAUCUAUACUAUUAUUUGAGAAGUGGAUUUGCUCACUUGUCAUGUUUUCCAUGAAUUUAGUUAAUUUAUCUACUUGUCAUCUUUUCCAUGAUUUUAAUUAUUAUUUUAAUAUUUAUAUAUUAUUAUGAUAUUAAGAUAACUAAUAAACAUUAACAUAUUCUAUUUGUUAUAUAUAUAUUAUCUAAAAAUAUUUAAAUAUAUAAUUAUCAUGAUAUUUAAGAUUUUUAAUUAAUAAAUUGAUAUUAAUAAAUGAUAUUAACAAUAUUUACCGAUAAUAUCAUCAUUAUUUUUAUCUUAUAUUUAGUUGAUGAUUUUAAUGACUAAUAUUAUAGCCAGUUUCUCUAAUUUUUAUUAGAAAUAUUGAUCAAAUACAUUUAGUUAAAAAUAUUAUAUAAAAGUAUACUAAUAUAUCUGAAUCAAUAGUAUUUUUUUGUUUAUUCGGUUUAAUCGCUUAAUAUGCUGAACCAUAUCUAUAUAUUGCGAUUUUUAAAAAAUAACAUCCAUUCAUUUUAUUUGAUACUACCAAAUCCAGACUGUUGUUUCGAUUUGGUUUGGUUUUAUCGGAUUGAACACUCCUACAUUAUCAUUAUUUUGUUGAUGUUUUAUAGUUUUGAUUUUAUAAAAUUCUUUCAGUGCCACAUGAUUUAUUUUCAGUCCAAAUACAAUAUAUAUGUGUUUAAUUUCAAAUACAAAUUUCGUAAUUUAAUUAUUACUUUAGAAAAUAUUUUGAUCUGAAAUCUACAUCACAUAAAUAAAACUAUGAAACAAAAGAACAUAAUUUAGUGCAUUGAUUAUCAAUAUUAAUAUUGAAGUUUUAUGAUCUAUAAUAAUAUAAAAUUCCUAUCAAAAUUAAUUAUUAUGUUUUAUAAAAAUAAACAUUAGAACUAAAAAUUUGCUAGAUAUAUAGAUAUAUUAGUCCAUACAAAGUGCGGAAAAUCAACUAGUUCAUAAUUGAACAUCAAGUCAUCAAUUAAAUCAACUAAUAUUGUUUUGAGAGACAUUUUUUUCUAAAUGGUUAUUAUUCAGUCAUUGUCUUUUACCUUCUUGCCAAUCAAAGGAGAAGUGACCAAAAUACUUACCAUAUUCCUAAUUAACUCAAGACUCUAAAGAACUCAAUGUGCUAACUCAGAUCUGAGAUAGAACUCUGCUAAAUAUAUAAAUCAACCAGAAUUUGGCAUUUUUCUUCAAAAUUAGUGAUAUAUAUAGAUUUUAUAUUGAUGAAAUCAAGUUCGUGGAAAGGCCAAUUCCAGACUUGUAAGUGCAAGAUGAAACACAAUGUAGUAUGACAUAAAAUAAGACAAUAGACAAUGAGGUUAGCAAACACUUUUUGCUAUAUUAGAAUUUUUUUUAAACAAUUUUUAUAACACUUGCUUUAUCAGUUUUACACAACUUGUUAACACCCUAAACAAUUGCUAAUAAAAUAUUUUAAUCUGAUCAGCUUUUGUCUCUUUGUCGUCUGCUACGUCAGCCUCUGCCUCAAAACGUCACCAAGAACUCCUCCAAUGGAUUUUCACCCUUCCUUUAUAAUAAUAAGCUUCGAGAGUCUUGUCGAUUCCUCGACCCCUUUCUAUUUUAUAGUUAUUCCCACGUUCCCAAAACAACUUCCAUAUUAAUAGAUAUAACUUCAUUUUCUGGAAUUAUAUUUAUUACUUUUCUCCAUGGCAUAAUUAAAGUUGAUCCCUAAGUUUAUUUACUGAUCUUAUCUCCACGAUAUAAACUUGCUACUCAAGUUUAACCUACACUCAUCAUCUUACAUCCAUGUGAAUAAACUUUCAAAGACUGAACUGACUCAAUUCCAAGUGAAAAAAAAACAAUGUUUUAAACUGAAACUUACUAUAAAUAAUCUGUGAAUUCUGAUUUAGGUUUCAAUUUAGUCAUAUUUGUUAAGCUAGAUGAGCUUCCAACCUAAAACCAAUUGGUGCUAAGUGGAGUGGCCCAUCCAUCUUAUAUAUUGCUAAGGAUCUCUUCCAAUAUCCGAUGUGAGAUAUUUAUUCCUAAUACGUCCCCUCGAGAUGAUGGUUUUUUAAGCGUCAAUCUCGGAAUGUUCGGGCGAGGAUCGAUGGGCCAACUUUGGACCAGAUCUAUGUAGAUCGGGUUGGACUACAUGGAUCGGGCUCUGAUACAAUGUUAAGCUAGAUAGAUGAGCUUCCAAUCUAAAACCAAUCGGUGCUAAGUGGAGUGUCUCAUCCAUCUUAUAUAUUAAUAAAGAUCCUUUCCAAUAUUCGAUGUGGGACAUUUAUCCCUAAUAAUAUUGAUCUAAAUUUGUGUUUCAACACGGUAUCUUCCAACAUAUUUGUUUCACAUGUACAUACAUUCAUAUUCCUAAGUUAAGUCAUCAUAAACUAUUUUCAUAUACUUAGAGCCAUUCUUAUCUAUAGAUAAUUUUUUUAAAAAAAAAUUACAUCAAUGGUAUCAGUCCAUCUUCUUUUUAUUGAUUUAGGAAACACAAUAACCCGCAUGCAUCAUAUAGUUUAUGUCAAAAGAAAUGUCUACAUUAUACCCAAAAAAAAAAGUCUACAUAUUACGAAUAACAUUUUCUGACGUUUAGUUAUACAAAUACUCUAUAUAGACUUGACUCUAUAUUUUUAUUAUUAAAAACGAAUUUUUUUAAUUUUUAUACUAGAUUGAUGUUCCUGCAUGGUGCCAAAAAAAUAGAAACUAGUCGUUAUACUUCUAGAAAUUAAUUCCUUCUAAGUUAAAUCAUCAUAAACUAUUUUCAUAUAAAACAAAUCUUUUUAUUUAGAAAUUAAAGACGACAGUUACCUAAUACUAGUAUUCAAUUGCUUCACCAGACUGGUUAGUUUCUAAUUACUUCUUACAUUCAAUUCGGAAAUUUAACCUUUUCUUUUUGUUGAUAUAGCAAACACAAUACCCAGCAUGCAUCAUCUUGUUAAUGUCAAAAAGAAAGAAUUUAAGUUACUACAUAUUACGAGAAAUUAUUUUCUGAUUUUCAGUUUUAAAUACAUAUACAAUGAAGGAUUAAAGGGCGGCCUUUUAGCUUCAUCUACGAGCUAAAUAGGUGUAAUUGUUUUUUGAAAAAAGCUAAAUAGGUGUAAUUAUGGACUUAGUUAACUUUUUUCAAUUCCAACAUGCACGUCCACCUACAUCCUUUCAUCUCAAACGUUUUACUUCUUGAUUACACCACUCAGACAAUAAACCCUUAUGAUAUCUCUCUAUAUAUAUCUUCGAGUGUCUCUGAGAAGAAUCACACUCUUUCAUAAAUAUUUCUUAUAUCCAUAGCAAUAUCCUUCACAAUAGUCGAAAAUGGCAGGUCGUAACAAGCAUGUUGUCUCUAAAACCUCUUCUUCUCUGGCUAUUGUCGAAGCUAACCCCCCGGCCAACAAAAUUAUACCCAUUGAAGCACCGAUAGUUUCUUCUUACAAUGACCGGAUCAGGCCGUUGCUCGACACUGUUGACAGGCUGAGGAACCUGAAUGUAAUGAGAGAAGGGAUCCAGCUUCCAACCAUUGUCGUUGUUGGAGACCAGUCCUCUGGGAAGUCUAGUGUUCUUGAGUCCUUGGCAGGGAUUAGUUUGCCUCGUGGGCAAGGAAUUUGCACUAGGGUUCCUCUUGUGAUGAGACUCCAAAGAAGUUACAGCACUGAGCCUGAGAUCUGGCUAGAGUAUGGUGACACAGUUGUUCAUACGGAUGAGGAACACAUCGCUAAAGCUAUUUGUGCUGCUACAGAUGUGAUUGCUGGAUCUGGUAAAGGGGUCUCUGACGCUCCUUUAACCCUCCAUGUGAAGAAGGCUGGUGUUCCUGAUCUUACCAUGGUUGAUCUCCCUGGGAUAACUCGUGUUCCAGUGAACGGACAGCCUGAAAACAUCUAUGAGCAAAUAUCUGCGAUGAUCAUGAAGUACAUCAAGCCUCAAGAAUCCAUCAUCCUCAAUGUUCUGUCAGCUACGGUCGACUUCACGACCUGUGAAUCCAUCCGCAUGUCUAGACAGGUUGACAAAACCGGUGAACGGACUCUGGCUGUUGUCACAAAGGCAGACAUGGCUCCUGAUGGUCUUCUACAGAAGGUUACAGCAGACGAUGUGAGCAUCGGACUUGGUUAUGUAUGUGUCAGAAACCGCAUCGGUGAAGAGACAUACCAAGAAGCGAGGAUGCAAGAAGAGCUUCUGUUCAGGACUCAUCCAAAGCUAAGCUUGAUUGAUGAUGACAUUGUGGGGAUUCCCGUCUUAGCUCAGAAGCUAAUGCUUAUCCAAGCAACGAUGAUCGCCCGCUGCUUACCUGAAAUCGUCCGCAAGAUCAACGAAAAGAUGGAGAUCAGUGUCCUCGAACUGAACAAGCUGCCAAUGGUGAUGGCUUCCGCAGGUGAAGCAUUGAUGACAUUGAUGGACAUCAUCGGCUCAGCAAAGGAGUCUCUCUUGAGAAUCCUCAUCCAAGGAGAUUUCUCCGAGUACCCUGAGGAUCAUAAGAUGCACUGCACUGCUCGCUUGGCUGAAAUGUUAAGCCAAUUCUCAGACAAUCUCCAAGCACACUCCAACGACGUCACCGUCGAUUUCUUGAUGGACGAAAUCAAGAUUCUCGACGAAUGCAAAUGCGUUGGCCUUCCUAAUUUUAUACCAAGAUCAGCUUUCUUGGCUAUACUCUCACAGUACGUCGAUGGAAUCCAUUCCAAGCCGGUCGAGUUCAUCAAGAAGAUAUGGGAGUACAUCGAAGCUGUUCUCAUUCCGGUUAUUUCCAAAUACGCUGAAAACUUUCCGCAGAUACAGUCUUCAGUCAAACGAGCUGGACGCAAUCUUAUCACAAAGAUGAAGGAGCAGUCCGUGAACAGAGUUGCUGAGAUCGUUGAGAUGGAGAAGCUCACUGACUACACGUGUAACCCUGACUACAUGACGUCUUGGACGGAGAAGACAGCUUCGCAGCAUAGCUUCAUCCAUGCAGUGUUGUACGAUGAGGCCAAACCUGAGAACUUCUCUCUCGCUGGAUUUGGGGAGGUGAAGAUCUCUCAUCUGAGGAUGUACCACGCUCAUUUGCUGCAGCAGGCGUUUGACAUGAAGAUGAGGAUCGCGUCGUACUGGAACAUUGUUCUGAGGCGGAUUGUGGAUAACCUUGCGCUGUUCCUUCAGUUCUCGGUGAAGAAUCUGGUGAACGCUCAGUUUCAGAAGGAGAUUGUGGCGGAGAUGGUGGAUCCGAGAGGCGGCGGAGGAGUUGAGAGGAUGAUGGAGGAGUCUCCUUCGGUGGCAAGCAAGAGGGAGAAGCUGAAGAAGAGUGUGAAGCUCUUGAAGGAGUCUAAGGACGUUGUGGCAGCCAUUGUUGAUCAGAACUCUGGUUAUGGAGGUCGUUAAAUUGUUGUUUCUGAAAUCGGAUCGUGUCCGGUUGCGUUUGUUUUUGUUGAGGUGGGUGUGGGCCCUUUUUUUCUAAAUUUUAAUUUUUCGUCUAAGUUGCGUUUUAUUUUAAAAACUUUUUUUUGUAGUUACGGGCUUCAGAUUAUGUGCUGUUGCCUUUCGAAAUGAAUUUCAAGUUUCAGUUAAUUUGGUCAAAUCGUCUAUAAUCUAUUAAUUUAUAAUUUUUUUUUAUUUACUAUUAACUAGUCAUAGUAAAACUAUUUAAAGAAUGGAUUGAUAUGACAUGUUUGAUUAUUUAAUUUGAUUAAAUUGUCUAUAAUCUAUUAAUUUAGAAUCUUAUUUUUUGUCUACUAUUAAUAAGUCAUAGUAAGACUAUUUAAAGAAUUGGUUAAUGUAACAUAUUUGAUUAUUUAUAUUUAAAAUUAACAGACUAUAAAUUUGAAUUUUAUUUUUUUAAUUAUAACAAAAUCUGUUGAUAAAGAAUCUAGCAAAAUCUUACUAAAAUUUUAAAUAUUUUAUAAAAUAACAUAUUAAUUAAUUUCGUAAUUAGUAAUAUAAUUUUAUUAUAAAUCAAUUUUAAUUAAAAUUUCAUUCUAAAACAAGAAAAUAAAAUUCUAUACUACUUUUUAUAAAUUUAAUAAUUAUAUUUUGUAUUAUAUAAAAAUAGAAGUUAUUUAUGAAUUACAUAUGACAAAAUUAUAUUAAAUAGGUAAAUUAACAAAUUUUAUUUUUUAAAAACUCUUUCAUUUAAAUAAAUUAGCACUCAUCAUGAAAAUGAGUUAAAAUUCGUAAAUCAUAUAAUAUUUUAUAUAAAAGUAAUUUUAGUAACAUAGAUUAAACUUUUAUAUCUACAACUAUAUGUUAUCUUUUUGUUUAUUUUGAAACUCUCGACAAUAUGUUGUUUAAAAAUGUUUACACAUGAAAAAAUAAUGGUAUAUAAUAACCUUUACCUCAUAUACUAUUUUAAAAAUAUGUUAUCAGAAAACUAUGAAAUUUUAAUAAUUCAUUUAAAAUAUUAAUACAAAUCAAAUUAUUUUUUUAAUUAUAAUAAAAUAUGUUGAGAAUAUUUUAGAAAACAUUACCAAAAGUUCAAUUUAAAAAAAAAUGUAUUAAUGUAGUAUAAAAACAAGUUCAAAAUUCUUGUAAUCUUCCAAACUCAAAAAUAGUUGUGUAAUUUUCCAAAGUUUUCUUAACAAAAUAUACAAUUUUAAAAAUAAAUAUUAAAACUCAAAAUGAUAAUAUUUCAAACUUUACAAAAGAUAAAAUCAUAGAUAAUAAAGAAUAACUUUUUGAAAUGCAUCAUAAAAUUGCAAACUAUAUAUGCUGUAAAAAUUAAAGUAAUCUAAGGGGGUGUAUUCAAUAUAACAUUUGAGGUGAUUUGAUUUUUAAUAGAGUCUUAGAUGAUUUCAAUAAGUUGCAAAGAUUUAUGUGAUUUUUGUUAAACCACUCUAGAAUAUAACCUAAAACCAUGGGAUUUAGAUUUUAAUUUUUUUAACUACGAAACUUCACCCAAACAUCCUAAAAUCACCUAGAACUUUAAAACUCUACAACUUAAAAUAUUUUCAAUAACAUUAGAUUUUAGAGUACUCUACAAAAUGUUAAAUUCAAUAACAGUGAAUUUAAAAUGAAUUUUUAAAAUUCAUAUUUGAAUAACAGUAGAUUUGUCAUUUUAAUACAAAUCACCUUAAACUCUCAGUUGAAUACACCCACCUAAUAUUUUGAAAUCUUAAUUAAAAAAAAUAUCAUAGCAUCCAAAAAAUAUCAUAUAUUAAGAAAAUUUACUAAAAUAAAUUGGUAGAUGCUUCUAUGUAUAAAAUUUACUAAAAUGAUAGGGUUAUAUAAUUUAAACAAAAUAGUGUUUUUUUACUUAUAAAUACUUUAAAAUACUAAAAUGAUAUAUGUUAAAGAAUAUCUUUUUAAACACAACAUUUAAAUAUUAAUUAUCUUAAACAUAUAUAUUUCUAUAAUAUAAAUAAAUAUAUUUCUAAAUUUUAUCAUAUGCAAAAUGUAUAAAUUAAAAAAAAAAAAUAUUUGGAAGAGGUUCUCUAUUUGUUUAUUUCUGAUUGUUAUUUUAUUUUACAUAUCUCAAAAAUAUAUUUGUAAGUAAUAAAAAUAAUAACAAAGUAAAAUAUAUUAAAUAAAUCAUUAUAUAUUAAUAAU